GUUAGCAUCGUUAGCAUUGUUUACAGCAGAGUGUAAAGCAUCAACCCUCCCCCACCCGGCUUUACCAGCCUCUGCGCCCUGACAUGCUAGCCAGCUAUCCGCUGUAAAAGCGACCAUAGAUCCUUAAAAUCCCGCUGAACGCAGAGGACAUCCUGGAUGAGACAUAUCCAUCCAGGAAACACAAGAAACGGCCUUUAUGGGACGCUUGUUCGGUGGAUAUUACGACGCGAUGGGCAGCAGCUAGCGAGCAGUCCAAAGCUAGCUGCAGCUAGCUGGUCGGCUAGCCGGGGUAGGAGCUCCGCAGACCCGCAUUUAACUCGGUUUUUUUGGCCUUUUUGAAGCUAGUUUCCGUGCCAUGUCAUCUUUAAUUUAACCGAUAUUUUUUGUAUGUAUGUUAAGUUAAAUGAUAAAGGGAACGGCUUUGUUUUCGGGAUAUGUAGGUCAGUGAAUAACCGAUGAUAGUUAUGUGGGUCAUCAUCGGGUUGACCUGUUAGCAGGAACAGCUGAUUAGCACGGCAGCUAGCUGGUUGAGGAUACUUUUAUUAUUAUUAUUUAUCAGUCAUUUAGAACAGAAAGGCGAUACAUACACAUGCUUGUGUUGGUGAGGAUUACUCUGCAGAGUGUGUGUGUGAGCAUAGCAUCGAGUGGAGCCUUUAAUUGUUCAUAUUUUGGAGCCCUCGCUGACCAUCUUCGGCUAACUUAGCUAGCCUAGCUGUUAGCUAAGCUAACCGAGCAGCUUCACUAAUUCACCAGGUAAGUGGGAACUCAGCGGGGUCAUGCUGAGCGAGGCGCCGUGGUUCCUCCGUGCCUAGCCGCGGCGCAGCAGCACAGCGUGUUUUCGGGGGUUUGGUGAGCGGAGGGAUGGCGUUUCACGGCGCCGGCCGGCAGACCGUUUGUGGAGACUUGUUUCCGGGCUCUGAGCUGGGCCACAAGUAUUUCUGUGUGAACUCGUCCUGCGGGGCCCCCUCCACUGGCCUGAGCGCCACACCGUGCCUGACCGGACCUACCGCCCCGGCCGGGACGCCACGCCACCCCACGGCGCUCGGAGGCAGCGCCGGCGGGGGGGCAGCCGUGCCUCAGCCCUACAGCAACCCGGCCAGCGAGGUGCCCAGCCCAGCAGAGAUGGAGCCCGACCGCCCCAUCGGUUACGGCGCAUUUGGUGUUGUCUGGUCGGUCACUGAUCCGCGUGACGGCCGUAAAGUGGCUCUGAAGAAGAUGCCGAACGUCUUCCAGAACCUGGUCUCCUGUAAGAGGGUCUUCAGAGAGCUGCGGAUGCUGUGCUUCUUCAAACAUGACAACGUUUUGUCAGCUCUGGACAUUCUGCAGCCUCCACAAAUCGACUGCUUCGAGGAAAUCUACGUGAUAACAGAGCUGAUGCAGAGCGACCUCCACAAAGUGAUCGUGUCUCCUCAGCCUCUCACCACCGACCACAUCAAGGUCUUCCUCUAUCAGAUCCUCCGAGGUCUGAAGUACCUGCACUCUGCCGGGAUCCUGCACAGAGACAUCAAACCUGGAAACCUGCUGGUCAACAGCAACUGCCUGCUCAAGAUCUGUGACUUUGGCCUGGCGCGGGUGGAAGAGCCCGACCCGUCCCGUCACAUGACCCAGGAGGUGGUGACGCAGUACUACCGCGCGCCGGAGGUGCUCAUGGGCUGCCGGCACUACGGCUCCGCCAUCGACGUCUGGUCGGUCGGCUGCAUCUUCGCAGAACUGCUGGGACGCCGAAUCCUCUUCCAGGCUCAGAGCCCCAUCCAGCAGCUGGAUCUGAUCACAGACCUGCUGGGAACGCCUCCUCUGUCGGCCCUGGCGUCUGCCUGCGAAGGAGCCAGAGCCCACAUCCUGAGGGGGCCGCACAAACCGCCCUCGCUGUCGGUGCUCUACAUGCUGUCUGACGGAGCCACACAUGAGGCGGUGCACCUGCUCUGUCGCAUGUUGGUCUUCGACCCGGCUAAACGAAUUUCUGGCAGCGACGCUCUGUCCCACCCGUACCUGGACGAAGGGCGCCUGCGUUACCACACCUGCAUGUGUCAGUGCUGCUACUCGGUCCCCAGCGGGCGAGUUUACACGCGGGACUUUGAGCCGGUCGCCGAGCGGCCGUUCAGCCACAGCUACGAGAACAGCCUGCUGUCUGUGUGGCAGGGAAAAGAGUUAAUCCAUCGCUUCAUCACGGAGCACCAGCAGGGCAAACGAGUGCCGCUGUGCAUCAACCCUCAGAGUGCUGCCUUCAAGACCUUCAUCAGGUCCACUGCAUGGCACUCCUCCAAGGUGUCCAGGAAGGAGGAGAGAUGAACGGCCUCCUCUUCCCCCUGAGGAGGGACAGCACAGUUUGAGAAAGGAUUUCAUCAGCCGUGAAAAUACUGAAGAGUUUGGGUCUUUUUCUUUCUCCUUUCUGUUUUGUUCCCCUGGCGAGGUGUGGAGGGCAAACGACCCUACCCGACCUACCCAAGCUCCCCGACCUACCCGAGCUCCUCCUGAAGACCCUUUUCCCUCCUCCAAAUCUACAAAGUUUCCAGAAUAUGAAAACUCCCGCUUCACUCUUUUUUAUUUUUAUUUUUUAGACCCAAACAGCUGAUGCUCGAUGUGUUUUCCGGUGCUGAAUUU